UCCUAUUUUGAUAUGUUUUUCUUGGACGAACAACUAGUUUUUAUUGUCUUAACUCUCAAACAGAGGAAAUGGGGAUGGAAUUACUAAAUUAUUAAGAAAUUCCUCAUCUGUUCGUGCAUCCAUAUAUAGAGCAGCAUACGAGGCCAGAAGCUCAAUAUUGUUGUAAGUACUCUUUUUCUUCUUCAAAAUUACAAUGGCAUACUUUUGGGUUUCUCUAGUUUUGGUUUUACUAGCGCCCACAACAAGUGCAGAUCCAAACCCAUUGCAGGAUUUCUGCGUAGCAGACACUUCCUCUUCAACAGUUUAUAUGAAUGGUCUGCCUUGUAUCAAUCCCACCAAAGCUUCUGCAAAGCACUUUACUACAUCUAUUUUGAGCACACAGGGAAAUACAUCAGGCAAUCCAUUUGGAGUGAGUUUGACUGUCACAACAACAGAGGUUCUCCCUGGCAUAAACACACUGGGGAUGAUAAUGGCUCGCGUAGAUUUUGCAGUGGGAGCAGUGCUUCCUCCUCACACACACCCACGAGCUUCUGAAAUAAUCUUCGUUUUGGAAGGGAAUCUCAGAGUUGGGUUUGUGGACACCACCAACAAGCUUUUCUCUGCAGAUAUCAAAACAGGUGAUGUUUUUGUGUUUCCCAAAGCUCUCAUACACUUCGCUCAGAACAUGGGAAACAGCCCCGCGUCUGUUAUAGCGGCUCUUAACAGUCAAUCUCCCGGUAACUCUGUCAUUCCCUUGGCCACUUUUGCUUCCAAUCCGGCAAUUUCCAGUAGUGUUUUGGCAAUGUCAUUCCAGAUCAACCUUAUGGAGGUGGAGACAAUCAGAAAGAAGCUUGGUGGUAGCUGAAGAAUCGAUUUUGGAUUACCGAAUUCUGUCUUUAUGCUUCUGGUAGAGAAUCUUGUUUCGUCUCGCAUGUUUCUUACAAAUUAAUUAUUCGCGGGCUGUAGUUCAAUGUUACAUUCUUUUAUGUUUGAUUAUUCAA